UCUCUCGCACACAAUUCUCAGGGGCAAGUCAAAUACUUCUCUCUUCUUCUCUGUCUCUGUCUCUCGGUGAACUAAGCUGUUCUGUAAGAUUAUGGACGGAGGUGCAGCGUACAACCCACGCACCGUGGAGGAGGUUUUUAGGGAUUUUAAGGGUCGUAGGGCUGGCAUGAUUAAGGCUUUAACCACCGAUGUUCAAGAGUUUUACCGACUUUGCGAUCCCGAAAAGGAGAACCUGUGCCUUUAUGGGCACCCGAACGAGCACUGGGAAGUGAAUUUACCAGCUGAAGAGGUUCCCCCGGAGCUGCCAGAGCCGGUCUUGGGUAUUAACUUUGCCAGAGACGGGAUGCUGGAAAAGGAUUGGUUGUCCCUUGUUGCUGUCCACAGUGAUGCAUGGCUUCUUGCAGUUUCUUUCUUUUUCGGAGCCAGGUUUGGAUUUGACAAAGCUGAUAGGAAACGGCUUUUUAACAUGAUGAAUGAUCUCCCAACAAUUUUCGAGGUCGUGGCUGGAACUGCAAAGAAACAGUCAAAGGACAAAUCCUCUUUUUCCAACAAUAGCAGCAACAGAUCCAAAUCAAACUCCAAGCGAGGAUCAGAACCGCGGCCCAAGUUCUCAAAGGCAGAGCCCAAAGAUGAAGAGGAAGAGGAAGGUGUGGAAGAGGAGGAUGAGGAUGAGCAAGGGGAGACACAGUGUGGGGCAUGUGGUGAGAGCUAUGCCGCCGAUGAGUUCUGGAUCUGCUGUGACCUUUGUGAGAACUGGUUCCAUGGGAAGUGUGUGAAGAUAACACCAGCCAGGGCUGAACACAUCAAGCAGUACAAGUGCCCAUCUUGCAGCAACAAGAGGGCUCGCUCUUAAACUCGUUUUAAUUGCCGCCUCUGUGUAUUUUGCUUUGCAUAUGAUGAACAACAACAGCUUAACUGUUUGGUUAGAUCAGAUUUGUCGGUUAAGACUUCAUGUUGAUUUGGUAAUCUAGGCGCAAGUUAGCCU